UUUGCAUAAAAACGUUUUAUAAAUUUUAAAAUGUGUGAAAGUAAAUUUUGUUUAUCUCUAAAUGUAAACUAAUUAUUUCAUGUUUUUUGACAAUUAAUUUCUAUUUUGAUUAUAACCGAUGCAUAAAGAACCAUCAUGAAAUCAAGAAGAAAUAUUAAACAAUCAAAUACUGAUACUUUGUUCAAACUACCAGUGCCCAUACCAGAACCGCCCAGGAUGGUAAACAUCAAACCUUCCGUUCCUGAUCUCAGUAUCGAUUAUGAUCUUCCCACCAAAACUUCUUCAAGGAGCGAGCACAAGGAUUCGUUUGCCGAGUUGACUUUGCUUUUGAAAAGACAAGAAGAAAAAAUGGACAAAAUGACAAAACAACUUCAAAUGAUUCUGAGUCUACAAACCAAAAAGGAACCAGAAAAAAGAUCUGUCGGAACAAUGACCAGUUUCCAUACCAAAUCUCGUAGAGAUAAAAGUUCAACUCACCGCAAAAUGUCAGAAAGAUACAAGAAAAAGAAAGCAUCUGACAGUGGUUUGCUUACUUCUGAAAGUGAAAGUCGAUCAGACAGAAGUGAAUUGCCUAGAUCCAGAUCUAAGGUGAAGGAGGACUUUUAUGAAAAGUUUUUACAGAAUUUAAACAGCUCGACAGAGAAUCAAAGGAUAUCUAAUAGUCGUAGUGAGCAAAGUGAAAGUCACAGUAGUCCCUCACCAUCCAGAGAUGAUCGAAAUCGACCAUCGUCUAAAGCUAAUUUUGAAGCAGACAUCAUCAGCAAAUUAGCUGAAAAAUAUCUCAAAAAGGAUAGAUCUGAUGUUAAAUCCAAUCGACAAGAUUUACCUAAAAAACCUAGUCUAUCCGAAGGAGAAGACUAUAAUCUCAGAAGAGGCAAAGGAACUUCAAGACGAAAACACACAACCGUUUCAGACUUUACCGAAGAAGCUUCCAUUGGAGUUGUAAAUUAUUUUGAAAAAUAUGGCCUAUUAGACGAAUAAAGUUACUAAUCUACUCGGCAAUAACAACAUCAAUGCAUCAAACGCCGACAUAGGCUUACAUCGCUUCACAUUCUAUCAAUACUUUCACUCAUUAAUUCAUUUAUCGUUUUCUGUUCACUUUUUCUGCCUGCAAAAAUUUUUACAAUCAUUUAUUUUUUAUUUGUAUCUAAAUCUGUACAAUAAUCUUCAAAUUAUCAUGCAUACUGUAAUUCAGCUGGACUUAUGCUGCCAUUUUCAACCUUGAAUAAUUCAAUAAAAUUAAUUUUCAUUAA